AUGGAGCCAGAGAGGGAGCUCACGGAUGCGCCUCAGACUCUCGCAGCAUUAUUAACUGCGCCGAGAAGCAAACUGCUGAUUUUGGUCCUUUGUUUGAACUUCCCGUCGGAAGUGGAGUCUUGCCCUGGGGCGUGCGUAUGUUACAGCGAACCCAAAAUUACCAUCAGCUGCCAACAGCAGGGACUUGGAGCCAUCCCCACUGAGAUCCCCAUACAGACCCAGCGUAUCUUCCUGCACAGCAACAAGAUCACCUUGAUCAGGUCUACCAGCUUCACGUCUUGCCACAACAUGUCCAUUCUGUGGAUCCAUUCCAACAACAUCAGCCUGGUUGAACCCGGGGCGUUCUUCGGGCUCAACAAGUUAGAGGAGCUCGAUCUCAGUGACAACAUGAACCUGAGGUCCAUCAACCCUUCCACCUUCCAAGGCCUUGUCCACCUCCAUACGUUGCACCUCCACCGUUGUGGGCUCCUGGAGCUCUCCACAGGGCUUUUCCGGGGGCUUUUCUCUUUGCAGUAUCUCUACCUGCAGGAUAACAACCUGCAGAACCUCCUGGAUGACACCUUUUUGGAUCUUGCUAACCUCACCUAUCUGUUUCUGCAUGGCAACAAAAUAAAGAGUUUGUCGGAAAAUGUGUUUCGGGGGUUGAUUAACCUGGAUAGGCUCCUCUUGCAUCAGAACCGGGUUAGCGUGGUCCACCGUAGGGCUUUUCAUGACCUUGGCAAAGUGAUGACCUUGUACCUUUUCAAUAAUAACCUGACGGUGCUCACAGGGGAGAUGAUGGCUCCUCUGGUGGCCCUGCAGUACCUCCGCUUGAAUGGCAACCAGUGGGUAUGUGAUUGCCAAGCUCGGUCACUCUGGGAGUGGUUUAAACAAUUUAAAGGAUCUUCCUCAGAGCUGGAGUGCCACUUGCCGGCUCACUUGGCAGGAAGGGACCUCAAACGGCUGCAGAGUGCUGACCUGGAAGGGUGCGUUGAUGCUUUCAACCAGAUUAGAACGAGCGUGUUUAGCACUAAGACCAGAUCGGGCAAAUUGCCGACGGCCGACCCGCCUCUACAUCCCCAUGACAGCGGACGGAAAUGCUGCCAGCCAGAGAUGGAUAAAUCUUUUAUUUAUGAAGCCAAAGCCAAGGCAGGUCCGUCUUCACACAGCAGCCGGGCCUCCCCAAACAAUCCUCUCAAGGAUAAGGAAAACAUGGCCAAAACCAAGUACCAAGUGGAGGCGGACCCUUCCAAAAACGGCAGCUACAAGCAGAUCAACGAUUCUCCGUUCGGGACCUUUCCCAGUGUGGUGGACCCUCCAUUGACCAAUUUGAAACCUGAGUUCCUGGGUCCAAUUGAACCCUCCGCAGUCCCGACUAAAAAGAGGCAGGGUUGUUCAAAAAAGAACAAAUCCAGGUCACAGUGUCGGGUGGCCCAGCCAGCCCAGAGUGCCACAUCACAGCUAAUCCCACGUCUACUGAUCCCCCCAUUGAUGUGGAGUCUAUUUUGGUCCUGUUAGAAACACGUCUUCUUUUCUUCCUUCUUCCUAGAGGAGUGAUACU